GUUACUUCGGCAAUUCUCAAUGUUUAUUAUGCUCUUGUCCCUGCAAGGCUGACCCGAUCUCGCCCGGCUCCUCCUCUUCUUUCUUCGGCGACCAUGAUCCAAUCGGUGAUGGUCAUCAGUACUCUGGGAAAGCCCCGCCUCCUCAAAUUCUACAACUUCCAGGACCCCCAGAAGCACCAGGAGCUCGUCCUCAGCAUCUUUCAGUUGUUGUCUGCGAGGCCGGAGGGUGUGAGCAAUUUCGUUGAGACCGAUGCAAUUUUUGGACCGGGGACAAAACUGGUCUACAAGCAUUUGGCGACACUAUACUUCGUUUUUGUCUUUGACAGCUCUGAGAAUGAGCUUGCUAUGCUCGACCUUGUACAAGUAUUUGUUGAAACAUUGAAUAGAUGCUUCAAGAAUGUCUGCGAGCUUGACAUUGUAUUUAACUUCAACAAGCUGCACGCAGUUUUGGAUGAAAUGAUACUGGGAGGACAAGUGAUUGAAACAAGUUCAGAGGAAAUAAUGAGAUCUGUAGAAGAGAUUGUUGGAGAAACAAUCAAGCACGACAAGCCUCAUACCAAAGUCGAUUUCACAGCGCUUCAGCCGCUGAAUUUUUCCAGUCAUUUUCAGGACAGAAUUCGUAGGACCUUACCAGAAGAAAUCAGAUUGGUGUUCCAAUUUAUCUCCAGUGGCCUGUCAGUUCUCUGAAGUGUUGAGCAUCUGCUAUUCAACAUGAAAACUUAUUGGCUGACAUACAUAUCUUACUGUCUCCCACCCAAGAGUUGUAAGUUGUAACCAGAAAUGUGACGCACGCCAUGCAUGCUGCAUCUGUAGAAAGACACUUUUCUUGUCUGAUGAUAUAUGAAUGCAGUGCUAUAUGCUCUUCUUUUGGUGUCUAA